CAGGGCACAAAAUGCCUCGUCGACGAGGUCACGCACUCGAAGAGGAACCCCGACCAGGUCUUCAACGCCCUCGACUUCCUCGCGGACAUGGUCAAAACGACCCGGAUCAGCGCUGCGGAUAUCGCUAUAAUUACGCCGUAUGCCGCUAACGUGGAGCUGAUCAACCGCCGGCGAACAAGGCCCGAGCUUGAAGUCCUCUCGGCCAUGCCCCCAGCCGCAACCGUUGACUCUUUCCAGGGCCGGGAGGCCGACAUCAGAGUCAUCAUCAUGGGCACCACUGAAGAAGUUGGCCCUGGCUUUACUACGGACCAAAAUCGGCUUAACGUCAUGUUCAGUCGGCAGAAGAGCAGUCUCCUUGUGUUCGGGUACAUGUAUGUUAUGGGACGA